AUGAUUAGAAUUCUUAAAAACCAGAAAUCAGGAUUAACGAUUGUCCACAUCAAUGCCCAAAGUCUAAAUAAUAAAUUAGAUGAAUUAGAUGAUAGGCACUCCCAUGCUGGUGGAGUUGCAAUAUAUUUAAAAAACUGUAUCCACGGUACUAUAAAACUGAAGUCUGAGCAAAGCAACUGUAUUGAAUACCUCUUUGUUGAAAUAACUGGCAUUUCUAACUCGUCAAUGCUUAUUGGAUGUGUAUAUAGGCCCAACAGCAGCACACCGUUUGACAUGCUGAUAUCGUGCCUUGAAAGAAUAUCAUUACGAUAUAAUGAUAUUGUUAUUGCGGGAGAUUUUAACAGCAAUAUUUUAAUUGAAACGCAAUUUUCUGAUGCUAUGGAACUUCUUGAUCUGGUACCUACUAACCGCUCUGUUCCAACCCAUUUUACUAAUCAUUCGUCUACUCUUUUGGACAUUUUCUUUGUGAACUGUGAGUCAAAGGUUCUUUUAUAUGACCAAAUUGCUGCACCGGCUUUUUCUAAACAUGACUUGAUAUUUCUUGUGUAUGACUAUCACAUAAAUCAACAAGACGAGGCAAUUACAUUCCGUGAUUUUAAAAAACUGAACUAUAAUCUUCUUAAUAGCCUUACUGAUAAUGUCGAAUGGGAUUCUAUAUAUCAGCUAAAUUCUGUGGAUGACCAAACAGCAUUUUUGCAGCAUUAUAUUAGCUUAAUAUAUAGUCAAUGUGUUCCUGAAAAAACCAUUACCAUAAAAAAUCAGCAACCCCCAUGGUUUAAUGAACAGUUACGUGCACUAAUCGAUGAAAGAAAUAUUGCAUACAAACGAUGGAAACGAUACAGAACAACACAACUGCAUGAGCGCUUUAAGUGUGCCAGGCGAAAUGUUGGGAAAAGCAUAAACGAGGCCAAAACGCUAUUCUUUCUGAAAAAAUUUCUGAAUGCUGUUAACAGCAGAUCUAAAUGGAAGGAAAUUCGUAAAAUUGGCAUAGGAGCGAAAACCAACACCAACUUUCCGCCCAAUCUAAACAUCAAUGAACUGAAUGAGCAUUUUGUAUCUGUUUGCUCUAUAUGUCCCCAUGAAAAUAUAUAUGAAAAUAUGAACACUGUACAAGUGGAAAAUCCAUUUUCCUUUUGCUGUGUAGACCAAACUGACGUUUUGAACAGCAUACUCUCAAUAAAAUCUGAUGCAACUGGAACUGACGGAAUAAAUCCAAGAUUUAUCAAAAUUAUCAUGCCAAAAUUGCUACCAUAUGUAACAUAUAUUUUCAAUACUGUUCUGACCAAGUCCACCUUUCCGCAUGAAUGGAAGCUCGCUAAAAUCAUACCGACUAGAAAAUCGAAUAAUGAAUACCGCCCCAUUGCAAUCUUACCGUUCUUAUCCAAAGCGCUAAUGCAUAAUGGCGAAUCAAAUCGAACAAUUCCUGUGCACUCAAAAUCUAUUAUCAGAAUGGCAAUCUGGUUUUAG